UGUACAAGAAAUUGUUUGUGGAGAAACAAACAAUUUUGAAUUUAAGAAGCAGCAGAAAAUAAAUAAAUACUCCACUACAGAUUUAAAAGAAGAAAUAAGAAGUCGUCGGAGCUGCGAGCGCGGGUCUUAUCCUCACUGCCGCAAAAAUCCAUUAUGGCCACCUUGUGUCACCAGCCGCCCCUUUUCCGCUGCCGGAAAAAGCCUCGCCCCGCCGUCAAAAGCACAAUAUCAACAAUUCAUUGCUCCAAAGUGAAGAAUCCCGACCCGUUCAAGGAAAAUAAGCAGGCGCAAGUCGACUACGACGCUGGGACCCACAGGUUGUACACCACCAUUUCCGGCGUCAAGAAGUUCGAUCUCCCCAAACGACACCGUUUGCGGGUCGACGGCGACCGGUUUCAGAAGGACUGGAGCUUGUCGGAGGUGGUCGAGAGGAUUGUUAAGCUUAACCACUGGGAAGAUAUCGAGAGCGUGCUGAACCGGUGGGCCGGCCGGUUUGCACGCAAGAAUUUUCCGUUUCUAAUUCGGGAAAUAACCAACACCGGUUCUAUAGAGCAUAGCAUCCAAGUUUUCAAUUGGAUGAAGAACCAGAAAAACUACUGUGCAAGGAAUGAUAUCUACAACAUGAUGAUUAGGUUGCACGCGAGACAUAAUCGUAUUGAUCAGGCACGCGGCCUAUUUUUUGAGAUGCAAAAACGGAGGUGCAAGCCCGAUGUUGAAACCUUCAAUUCUCUCAUCAAUGCACACGGGCGAGCUGGUCAAUGGCGCUGGGGCAUGAAUAUCAUGGAAGAAAUGCUUCGUGCCGCUAUUCCUCCAAGUAGAUCAACUUAUAACAAUCUGAUUAAUGCAUGCGGAUCAAGUGGGAAUUGGAGGGAGGCUCUGAAACUCUGUAAGAAGAUGACAGAUAAUGGAGUUGGGCCUGACCUGGUGACACACAAUAUCGUUCUAUCUGCGUAUAAAACUGGAUCACAGUAUGCGAAAGCAAUCUCUUAUUUUGAGCUAAUGAAGAAGACCAAUAUUCGCCCAGACACUACGACACACAAUAUAGUGAUACAUUGUCUGGUUAAACUGGGAAAUUAUGAGGAAGCUAUUACAGUUUUCAAUGCAAUGAGAGAGAAAAGAUCAGAAUCUUCUCCGGACAUCGUGACUUAUACGAGUAUUAUGCAUAUGUACUCUGUCUGCGGGCAGGUUGAAAAUUGUCAUUCAGUUUUCAACACAAUGGUUGCAGAAGGUCUGAAACCUAAUAUUGUCUCGUAUAAUACAUUACUUGGGGCAUACGCCUCACUUGGACUCAGCGAACAGGCGUCAUCGGUUUUUAAUGAGAUGGAACAGAAUGGCCUCCACCCAGAUGUUGUAUCCUACACUUCUUUACUCAACGCAUUUGGAAGAUCCGAACUACCGCAGAAAGCCAAGGAAGUAUUUGAUCUGAUGAGAAGAAACAAUUGCAAACCAAAUUUGGUGACUUACAAUGCGCUCAUUGAUGCCUAUGGAUCCAAUGGCUUUCUAGCUGAGGCCGUGGAUCUGCUGCGUGAAAUGGAGCAAGCCGGUCUACAACCAAAUGUUGUUUCAAUUAGUUCGUUGUUGGCUGCUUGUGGCCGCUGCUGUCAACAUGUGAAGAUUGAUUCCGUACUAAAAGCUGCUAAGUUGCGGGGCAUAAAAUUGAAUACCAUUGCAUACAACUCUGCUAUUGGAAGUUAUAUGAGUGUUGGAGAAUAUGAGAAAGCUUUGGCUCUAUAUAGGUGCAUGAGGGAAAAGAGAGUUAAACCCGAUUCAGUUACCUACAACAUUUUAAUAAGUGGCUGUUGCAAGAUGUCAAGGUACACUGAAGCACUAGAGUUUCUUGUUGAAAUGAGGGAUCUGAACAUUCCUCUGUCGAAAGAGGUGUAUUCUUCUGCAAUAUGUGCCUAUAGUCGACAGGGUCAACUUACUGAAGCCGAGUCAAUGUUCAAUUUGAUGAAAGAAGAUGGUUUACAACCUGAUGUCAUUGCAUAUACAGCUAUGCUGCAUGCUUAUAGUGCUGCCGAGCACUGGGAGAAAGCUUUUGCAGUGUUUCAAGAAAUGGAGCUUAAUAAUGUCCAGCCAGAUUCAGUAGCUUGUGCAGCUCUUAUGAGAGCCUUCAAUCGAGGAUCUCAACCAGGCAAAGCCCUGCUUCUUGCCGAGCUUAUGAGAGAGAAAGAUAUUCCAUAUAUUGAUGCAGUGUUCUUCGAAAUGGUUUCUGCAUGUACCAUCUUGCGAGACUGGAAGAUCUUAACUGAAGUUAUCAAAAUAAUGGAGACUUCUCUUCCUCGUAUCUCGGUUGGAACUCUGAAUCAUCUUCUUCAUUCUUUUGGCAAAGUAGGAAAGAUUGACACCAUGAUGAAGCUGUUCCUGAAGAUAGUUGCUUCACGGGGAGAAGCUGACCCAACCACCUAUGCAAUAUUAUUGAAGAAUCUUUUAGCUGCUGGGAAUUGGAGAAAGUAUAUUGAGGUGAUGCAGUGGAUGGAGGAAGCAGGAGUUCCACCUUCCCCUCAAAUGUACAAGGACUUGACAUUUUUUGCUCAAACAAGUAGUGGAACUGAGAAUUCUGCAGCCAUAAGAGAAAGAUUAGAACCCUUCAAGAGCAAAUAUGGUUAUUUGACUGCAGAAGGUGAAAAUAAUCCUUCCCUGCCCACGAACGUGUUGAUCACCAGCACAUAUGCAUGUGAUGCCAGCACAUAGAGGUUAUGAGGACCAACAUCCAGACUGAAAAAGAUGAACAUAAUUACAAGAAGCCCGUCAGUGUUCAGACAUCCUAUGAUAUUACAUCAAACACUGAUGAUGAUGAUGAUGAUGAUGUUGAUGAGGAUAUAACAAGAGAUACCAAGAACGAGAUGCUGAUGGCUCAGUUUUCUCUAAUCCAGCAGCAGAUUAGUAAGCCCAAUCUUCGUUUUUUAGAUAGAGAUGGCUCUGAUAGAUACAAAACUCUGCAAUCUAGAGCUAUUUGAUUACUUUAUUACAAGGUUCUUGUUCAA